GCAAUGUAUAUCACUGUAUUGUUAUUUUUUAUGUUCGUUCCUGUGACCGCCCUCCGGGAUCCAAGGACGCUGACGUACGGUUUGCCCUGUCGACAGUCACUGCUGCCAGCUGGCAGCUGCCACGCAGUCAAGUCGUGUUCACUUUUCUUCCAAAACAAAUGCAGACUCGUCGCUAAAAAAAAAAAUUUCUUCAAUCCAUCAACCUCUCAACUUCCCGUAUUAGUUUUUGGUUUGCUGUCUGUGUGCUUUCUUCUACUGUUGAUGGUGUAGCAUGGUGUAAGUCCGCCCUUUUUGCUGUUGUAUGUGCUAGCCAAACGAUUGUCAAUAACACUACACUCUGUCAUUCACGGCAUACAAUGGUGUUUGAAGCAAACUGAUCGAUCAUGAAUGUACGGGCAUCACGCAGGCAUUCAUCGGCGGGUGUUGAGCAUUGUGUGCGGGUUGCUACAUGGGACGCCAAGGGCAGACGGCGAGAGCACGAAGUUCAUCUGUCGCCAACAUCAUCAAAACGAGAAAAAAGACAUGGGAAGAAAAGAGAAUCAAGAACAAGGUCCUCGCAGUUGAGUUUAAACAGCAUCUUUGUUGGAGAACUCAAGUCAAAGACGGCAAAAUUGCUACGAAGUCCGUUUACGAGAACUAAGAAGAGCGGAAAGAAAACACAGAAACGUGAGAGACCUCACACAAAAAUACAACGCCAACCAUCUUCAAGAGACACUAUGUCUCUAGAUCAUCAACAAUACCGGGAAAGAGAAUAUCAAGAAACAUCUGUGACAGCUGAGGCACCUUUGCUCUUCAACCCGGCCAUCACAGAUAGCCAGAGCCGCAAGAUUUCUUGCCCUGCACCUCUUCUCAAUUUGACAACGCCUCUACCUACCCCUCAACUUAAGUCAGGUAAUGAGAAUUCAAACUCGGUUCACGUCCCUGGACAUGCGCCAGUCGCUCGGAAAUUAUACGAGCUCCAUCAAGUCAUUUCUCGAAAAGAGCUUCAACUAGCAAAUGGCAAUAUGGACCAGCGUAUCAAGGAUGAGAUAGUUGAGCUACGAGCACAACUCAACGGCAUCUUAAACACAUUUGCAAAUCAACAGUCGCACAAAGCCCAACCUCCUAUCUUGAGACCAACAACAAACACCAGGGUUAAAAGUGGUAGCUACGAGUCUCCGCUCGGAAGUCCCAAGCCUACGAACACUGACUUUGAGACACUUGGUCCGUCAUCUAGGCGGAAAUGUGAUGAACAGUUGGAUCACGUCGAGAUUAAUCACCAUCUCUGCUCUGAUUGUGGAAAAGUGCGUGGUCUCGAUUUUCAUGCUUCUUAUCCAAAGCUACAAACGAGUCCAAAUGUGCAAAAUCUCUGUGGUGUUUGCAGACAAAAGCCAAUUGCAGUUGCCAACCUUUCAGAUCGUCACUUCUGUACUGGAUGUGGAAUAGUUCGGUCAAAGGCCUACCAAAAAGAACACCCAAAGAUGGCUGAUGAGGCUUCUCAGCCGAAUUAUUGCAGACAUUGCCAGAGACUGGCUGCUAAAGCUGCUGAUAUAUACGAACAAUCUGUUAUCAGCUCGCUGCCAAACAAGAUGGCGAAAACAACUCUUGAGGAUCCUUCUCGACUCACAAGGGAAGAAGCUGAAUAUCGCCGCCCCUAUGUUGAAGAUUCCAAAUCUGCCUCGUCCUCUGUCGCCGCCAGCGUCACAGCUGAGCAACAUGGAGUAGAUGUACACCCAGAAGCUCCGAUCGAUGACAACCCGAGUCCUGCCCCAAAGAACACAUCAUCUGGCUUCUGGAACGGUGCCUAUGGUAGGCCAGGCCCGUCCUUCCGAGGUGCCUUUAGCAAUGCAUCGUUUGCUUCUAGUACCAAGAGUAUUCCUCUAGAAAAUCGGGAACCUGAGCCUCUGCGAUCUGAUCCUUGGUCUGCAGACCGAGUCGGCAGUCGCUAGAGAAGAUCUGCUACCAACAGUGCUCAAACCGAAGAUACGAAACCAAAGAGAAAAACUGGUAUAUUUUCCUCUCCCCAUUGGAUGCCUUCAGGCCAAGAAUACUACAGCAAUCCCUCCAGCCCAACUGGCGAAACAUGGGCAACAGAGAACUCUUACAAAACUUACAGCCACAGAGACAGCUGGCGUAACACUUGCAAAUCGCCCAGAGGUGCUUGGAACUUCGCCAAUUCUACUCGUUCCAACUCGCCUGAUAGAGACAGCCAACCAAUCCCCAUCAUUGAAGAGCCACCUUCGCCGAUUCUCUCAGCUAUUCAGAGCCCUCUUCUUCUUGAAUUUAGCACUUUAUACAGUACCUCG